UUAAUUGUGAUUGUGUGAGAAAAUAGUGUUGGACUUUUAUUCUUGUGUUGUUGUAUUCAGUUCAAAUAAUAAGGAAAUUGUAUUCCAAAAUUUGUCUAUUUGUUUCAUGGCAUACUCGCCAAAGCUAAAUCUACGUUAAGUCAAUUAGAAUUUAAAUUCUAUUUUGUUUCUAAGUGCACGAAUCAUCAAAAUGUGUGGUGGUUUCACUUGUUCUAAAAACGCUUUGAUUGCGUUAAAUGUUCUUUAUGUGGUGGUGGCUUCUAUUCUUAUAUCCGUUGCAGUAUACGGACAAGCAUCGUCCCUGGUGACCAAUUUACCCAUAGUGGGUGGGAUUCUUGCUUGUGGAGUGUUCUUAAUAUUAAUAUCUUUGCUAGGCUUAGCUGGAGCGGUCAGACAUCAUCAAGUUAUGCUAUUCUUUUACAUGGUGAUACUGUUUCUUCUAUUUCUUGUUCAAUUUUCUGUAGCAUGUGCCUGCCUUGCUGUAAAUUCUGAUCAGCAAGAGAUGCUAGCUCAACAGGGAUGGAAUAAAGUCGACAUGGAUGUAAAGGAGGAAGUCCAGGAAAGGUUCAAAUGCUGCGGUUUCCAAGACAGAUCGAUUCCUGCAAAUGGUACAGCCGAUUAUCCCUCAUGUGAUAUUGUUGAUAGGGUCUGUUGCCAGAAUAUGGUGAUCACACCUCAUUGUCAAUGUGAUCCAUGCAUGGAGACAUUGAAAGAGAGAAUUGAUAAUGCAUUCAAGCUUUGCGGUGGAAUUGGACUAUUCUUCAGUUUCACAGAGUUAUUUGCUGUUUGGCUCGCCCGACGUUACCGCAACCAGCCUGAUCCUAACUACAAGGAACCGCACGCGAUUUUCCCUAGAAAAAACUAUCUUUACUGAUCCAUUCAAGCCAAUUUUAGGUUGUACCGUAGUGUUCACAUGACUGGUUUAGGAUUAAUAUGUGAUAAUAUAGUUAUUAUCUAAUAGGAAAAAUUAUUCAGACCUCUUUGCAUAAUUGCCUAUACUAAGAUUUUAAUUUGCUUUAUUUUUUUUUAAGUUUUCCACCUCCCUUAGAAAGUUCAUGUCGUGUUUAUGUGUUGUACACAACUGAUAGAUUAAGUAUAGUUUAAGGGAAGUCGUCAGUUCCUAAACAUACAAAAAAAAUACAAUUAUUUCCACACUAACAGCUUGUUUUGGCUUUAUGUAGGUGGUCAUUUUUUUAUUUUUUUUUUAUUUUUUAACAAUAACAUAAAACCUAUUUGAAUCAGAGAUAUAGCAUAAUAAGAAAUUUUAAAAUUGAUUUGGCAGUUUUGAAGAUUAUUCAUUAAAAUCGUACAAAUACGCAUUAACUUUAAAUAUUAUAGUUUGAUGCAAUAAGUGACAGUGCCAAUAAUCUUACCCAGUAAUGAACCUUGACUCUUGAAUAUAUUUUUCUUAUUAUUCAAAUUCAUAAAACUGUCUCGAAGAAAUAAAAUUUAAGGUCAAACGCUGCAUAAAAAUGUACUGUGUUAGUUUACUUUUAGGUUUUAUUAUGUAAUUUUAUUUACUCAUUAUAAAUAAUUUUAAGUAUAAUGAAAUAUUACAAAUCAAGUCAUAAUUUUAUAUGAAAUGUGAUAGCAAAUUAAUGUGAAAGGAUUUCUUUUAAUUGAAAUCGAGGUCGGCCUAUUUUUAUUAAACUUUUUUUUUCUUUUUAAAGCUAAAACUACGGUAGACGAUGUUCACAAACGCAUCUAUACAAUAACAUAAAAUCAAAAUCUAAAAAAUCUAGGAAAUAUUUUAAUGAAUCACCUAAAAAUAUGAAGUCAAAUAUAUUUGAUAGUUUGGGCUACAUACCAAGGCCGACUUAAAAUGUCGGCAUAUUUUUUUUUUUUAGAAAAAUGACUUUUUUUUUUUAAUUUUGCCAAACAUAAUAUUAAUGAAAUUAUUGAUGUUUUAUUUAAAUCAUGAUUAUUGUAAUUAGAGGUGUAGUCAAAAUAACAAAAAUUUCAUGCUAGUUAAGAGUACGUAAUUGCAUGUCCUUAAAAAAACAUUUUUGGCUUACGAAUAUAUGCGUAGGAGCCAUCAUAUCAAAGGCUGGGGCGGUAAAUGAAAAACGUGGACUUUUCUUGUGCUGCAAAUAUAUUCAGCUAGUCAAUAUAUUAGUUCGUUAUAAGUCAAUCUUCCUUAGCUGCCAAUGUUUCUGACUAGAAUCCAUUGCAGUGACACUUGUAAUAAUCAUCUCGUUAACGGGUUUAGGUAUAUUAGCACCAUGGACUAGAUUCCCACGGCGCCUUAAUUUUUACCAUGAUUGGAUUGGUUAAGAGGAUUAUGUGAGACUAAUUCGCAGACUUGUGGUGCCUCUGUUUAUAAAACGCCCUGGGCGAUCGCCCAAUUGCGUCCUAUCCCGCCGGCCCUGUACAUAGUGCCAUCUCUUUCGUUCUCUUUGAAAAAAACAGAGACAACAAUAUGUAUACAAGUGUCACGGCCCUGGAAUUCAAGAGUUGUGUGAAUGAUAAAGAUUUCAAUGAAACAUAAUAAGUUCCACAUUUUGUCAUUUUUUAUAUCUUUGUAUUUUUCAUUUGCACUAUAUUUAUACUUCUUUACAGAAAUAGCUUUAAUUAGUUAAUUUUACCUGUGUAGCGUUUGGUGUGUUUAAGUGAUUUUUUUUACAUUUUUUUUGUAUAAUUUUUUCUGUACAUUUAAUGGUUUUCGAAUAUUUUAUUGCCCUUUUUGCCAGUCAUUUCAAUUAAAGUAGUAUACAUAUUUUUGGAUGGACUAAAUUUUUAUGGAACUGUUUUUUUCAUUUCGAAAGUUUUCAGUAUGUUUAAAAUAAACUCAUGUACAUAUGUAACU